AUGGGCUGGGAAGCUCUGAAGGAGCUCAUGAUUGAAGAAGGUGAUGCGUUUAUCAGUGAUAGUACACUAAUAAAUUUGGAUGAACAUAACAAUUUCAAGGAAGCCAUGGCAGGCUCUGAAUCUGCCAAAUGGAAAGUGGCUAUGGACAGGGAGAUUCAAUCCAUGUUUUGGAAGCCUAGGGAAGUAGGAAAGUGCAUUGGUAGAAUUCAUUCGGUUUCACCUAAUCUAGAGGAAGCUUAUUUCUUAAGGAUUCUUUUAAAUAAAGUGAAAGGUCCAAGAUCAUUUGAAGAGAUUCGCACAGUAAAUGGUGAAGAAUGUUUGUCUUUUAGAGAUGCUUGUUAUGCUCUUGGGCUCUUGGAUGAUGACAAAGAAUACAUCGAUGCAAUUAAAGAAGCAAGUCAUUAUGGAUCUGGUUUUUAUCUACGAUUCGUAUUUGCCACAUUGUUGAUGUCUAACAGUAUGUCUAAACCAGAAGUUGUUUGGGAAAAUACAUGGAAGUAUUUGGCAGAUGGAAUUCUUUAUAAUCAACGACAGAGAUUAAAGUUAUCAGGCUUAACUCUUAGUGAAGAUCGGCUUAUGAACUUAACUCUGUACGAGAUAGAACAGAUUUUACUUCGUAACAACAACACUCUCAAAAAUUAUAAAAACAUGUCUUACCCGGACGUUGAUUCUGUUUCUUCUUCAAACAAUCGACUUAUCACCGAGGAGCUAAAUUAUGACAUUUCCAUUAUAAAGACUGAGUUUGACCGUAUGUUUCUUGCAUUAACAAAUGAGCAACGUGACAUUUUCCUUGAUAUCAUGGGUGCAGUUAAAAAAAAUAAAGGAGGUGUCUUCUUUGUUUAUGGUUAUGGUGGAACAGGUAAAACUUUUUUAUGGAAGACAAUAUCUACAGCAAUUAGAUGUGAUGGUCAUAUCGUUUUAAAUGUUGCUUCAAGUGGAAUUGCUUCGUUAUUAUUUCCCGGAGGUAGAACAGCCCACUUUCGAUUUAUAAUUCCAUUUGAACUUACUGAGGAUUUUUUAGAUGUAUUGAGGUCUGAAUAUUCUACCGAGUCGAAUAUUCCAUUUGGAGGGAAAGUUAUUGUUUUUGGAGGAGAUUUCAGACAAAUUUUGCCUGUUAUUCCGGGUGGCAGCAGACAAAACAUUGUUAAUGCUUCUUUAAGUUCUUCAUAUUUAUGGCAACAUUGCAAAAUCCAUAAGUUAACAAAAAACAUGAGGCUAACGGUUGGAAGGGAUCAGUCUGCUGUAGAAAAAAUAAGAGAUUUUGCAGAACGGCUAUUGGAUAUAGGAGAAGGCAAACUUGGUGGUCAGAAUGACGGUGAAACGGUUAUUGAUAUUCCGGAUGAUAUUCUCAUUAGUGAUUCAAAUGAUCCUAUAGGUUCAUUAAUUGAGUUUGUAUAUCCUUCGAUUUUGGAUAAUUACAACAAUACAAGUUAUUUUCAAGAAAGAGCAAUACUAGCUCCAAAGAAUGAAGUGGUUCAGGAAAUAAAUGAUCGUUUGCUAUUGAAGUUUCCAGGUGAUGAGGUUGAAUAUUUAAGUUCAGAUAAUUUAUACUCACCUGAUGUUUUAAAUGGUCUCAAAGUUUCGGGUCUACCAAAUCAUAAGUUAGUUUUAAAAAUCGGUGUUCCGAUUAUGUUACUAAGAAAUAUUCAUCAAAAAAAUGGCUUAUGUAAUGGAACAAGACUCCAAGUGAUAUCAUUGGGCAAACGUGUUAUCGAGGCACGUAUCUUAUCUGGAACUAAUAUUGGAAAUCGGACUUUUAUUCCAAGAAUGUCUUUAACGCCAUCAGAAAAAAAAUUCAUUCAAAUUCAAAAGAAGAUAGUUUCCAUUAGCUGGGAAGCUACCUAUCAUCAAAUAAUGGUCGAGAUGUUAAAAGGAAGUGAUAGAUUUGCUGGAAUCACUUGA